AUGAGUCUUUGGGUAGAUAAACAUAGGCCAAGAGAUUUAAUGAAACUGGAUUAUCAUAAAGAUCAAGCGGUGAGAUUAAAAAGUUUGGUUCAGCAAAGUGAUUUUCCGCAUUUGCUUGUUUACGGUCCUUCAGGAGCCGGUAAGAAGACUCGCAUCAUGUGUUUACUACGAGAACUUUAUGGUUCUGGUGUGGAACGGCUUAGACAAGAAACAAUGACUUUUACAACACCUUCCAAUAAGAAAGUAGAAAUCAUGACUGUAAGUAGCAACUAUCACAUUGAAGUUAAUCCAACUGAUGUAGGAAUUCACGACAGAGUUGUUAUCAUGGACUUAGUGAAAAAUGUGGCUCAAACUCAUCAAAUAGAUUCAACAGGGCAGAGAGAAUUCAAAGUUGUUAUUCUUAAUGAGGUAGAUGACCUAACAAAAGACGCUCAACACGCCCUACGCCGAACUAUGGAGAAGUACGUCGCCACCUGUCGCCUGAUACUUAUUGCAAACUCCAUAUCUCGUGUCAUUCCUGCUAUCCGGUCCCGUUGCCUUACCAUCAGGGUGCCAGCACCAACAGAAAAUGAGAUUGCCUCAGUACUCCAAUUAGUUUGUAAAAAAGAAAGUCUAAAUCUCCCAUCUGACCUUGCAAUGCGGCUUGCAAAGGCAGCAGACCGCAAUUUAAGGAGAGCAUUACUUAUGUGUGAGGCUUGUAAAGUUCAGCAGUAUCCAUUUACAUCAGAUCAAAAGAUACCAGAACCAGAUUGGCAACAGUUCAUCAGAGAUACAGCUACUAUGAUACUAUCAGAACAAACUCCAAAGAAACUUGGUGAAGUCCGACAAAAAUUGUAUGAGUUGAUAAUACACGGUGUUCCUCCUGACAUGAUCUUUGCAGGACUUUUAAAAGAAUUGGUACGUAAUUGUGACAUGGCUAUGAAAUGCCAAAUUGCCAGUCAUGCAGCAAACUAUGAACAUAGAAUGAGACUCGGUAACAAACCUAUAUUCCACCUUGAGGCAUUUGUUGCUAAAUUCAUGGCUAUCUACAAAAAGUUUGUUGAAGAAUCUAUGGGUGAUGUUUUCUAG